AGGUGGCCAUUUAGUUAGCUAUCUCCGCAUCACUCGCGAUGACGUUAAAAUAUAAUAUUCUCGUGCAAUAUAGCAUAUAAGAAGUGUAUAGUACAUAUUGCAUGUGCAAACAAUAUGCAAUAGAAACAUAUUCAGGAUUGCAUGUAAAAUCGUUAUUCAAUAAUAGGUAAAAUAAGCAAAGUUAAAGAUUUUUGCUAAAUAUUGUAGAAUCUAUAUCGCAUUGGAUAGAUUAAAUCAGAUAAACAUAUGUACGUAUGUUCUUAAGUCUAAUUUAAAAGACACGCAGAAAAGUUCAAAUAUUUAAAUACUGUAAAUCCUGUACUUUUCACGAUUAGAACGCAGCUACAACGUAAAUAAUAAAGAGGAAACAAAUACAAUAAAAUAGAAAGCAGGAAGUGCAUUAAACAGUAACAUGCCGGCAGUGGAGUCUUCUGAGUCGUUAUUGGGUAAAAUUGCAUCACUUCCUAAGAAUGCAAUUUAUACCUCUCAAAAACACGGAAAUGACGAGACAGGCGAUGGCUCUGAAUCAAAUCCUUUUAAAACCAUUUUAAGAGCAAUGCGUUAUGCAGGGAAAGAACCAUUUCCAGCAAUUUAUCAAGAUUCUCACGAGGAUGGGGAGAAGUAUGCGAUAGUAUCAAAAUCGCAGUUAAAAAAGGCACAAAAAAUUUGGAAGCAUAAAAAGGAACAUAAGGGCGAAGACAAGCAAAAGAAGCAGUUGGAAGAUGAAGAAAAGAGAUUGAAAAACUUGGAAGAAGCCAAGACAGUUGUAAUUCAAGAAGAUACUACUUUGCCACCUGCGACUUGUAUAAAAAUUCGAGAUAGUAUUAAUCAUCGAGAUCAGCGAAUAAAACUUUUUGGAUGGGUGCAUAGGCUUAGACGGCAAGGAAGAGCACUUAUGUUUAUCACAUUAAGGGAUGGAACAGGAUUUUUGCAGUGUGUACUUAGUAACAUUUUAUGCCAAACGUACGAUGCAUUGACUUUAUCUACGGAAGCUUCUAUUGAAGUAUUUGGAAUUCUCAAGAUUGUACCAGAAGGAAAAAAUGCUCCAAAUGGACAUGAAUUACACGUUGAUUAUUGGAGAUUAAUAGGAGCAUCUCCUCCUGGUGGUGCAGACUCCAUUUUGAACGAAGAAGCUCUUCCUGACGUGCAGUUAGACAACAGACAUAUUAUGAUUCGCGGUGAAAAUACGUCUAGCGUUUUACUUGUGAGAUCUGUGUUAAUGAAAGCAUUUAGAGAUCAUUUCAGUGAGAGAGGUUACAUUGAAGUAACACCACCAACAUUGGUGCAAACACAGGUAGAAGGUGGUUCAACAUUAUUUAAACUAGAUUAUUUUGGAGAAGAAGCAUUUUUGACUCAAAGUUCGCAGCUUUAUUUAGAAACUUGCCUUCCAGCAAUGGGUGAUGUAUACUGCAUGACACAGUCUUAUAGAGCAGAACAAUCUCGGACUCGGAGACAUCUUGCAGAAUAUACACACGUGGAGGCAGAAUAUGCAUUUAUCACAUUUGAAGAAUUACUAGAUCGAUUGGAAGAUAUGAUAUGUGAUGUUACUGAUCGUGUCCUUAAAUCAAAGCUUGGCUAUUUAAUCAAAGAAUUAAAUCCUGAUUUUAAAAUGCCAAAAAAACCGUUUAAAAGAAUGGAUUACAAAGAUGCGAUCGAGUAUCUUCGAAUUAACAAUAUAACCAAAGACGAUGGGACAUUUUACGAAUUUGGCGAAGACAUUCCAGAAAUGCCAGAGAGAAAAAUGACCGACGCAAUAAAUGAACCAAUAAUGUUAUGCAGAUUUCCUGCUGAAAUCAAGUCAUUCUAUAUGCAACGUUGUGCUGAUGACAAGCGUCUUACAGAAUCGGUGGACGUGCUUUUACCGAAUGUUGGUGAGAUAGUUGGAGGUUCAAUGCGUAUUUGGCAUUACGAUGACUUGUUGGAAGGCUAUUCAAACGCAAAUAUAGACCCAAAGCCAUACUAUUGGUAUACUGAUCAGCGAAAAUACGGGACCUGCCCUCAUGGCGGAUUCGGAUUAGGCCUCGAAAGAUUUUUAUGUUGGCUUUUGAACAGAUAUCAUAUACGCGAUGCAUGCCUUUAUCCACGUUUCUUGGAACGUUGUCGACCUUAGAUAUUUCACGUUUAGCAUUAUUGCACGUAUCGUCAAGAUAAAUGUAUUUAUGUUAAUAAUUUAAAUCUUGAUAUUCAGAAAUAAAACGAGAUCAAGACA